AUGCUGCUCCUGAUCCUGCUGCCUGUGGCCUUUCUCCUGCCCCCUGGCGCUGGGGCUGGUGAGAUCAUCGGGGGGCAUGAAGCCGAGCCCCACUCCAGGCCCUACAUGGCCCAUCUGCUUAUACAACGUGCAAACAAGUCUAGGUGUGGUGGGUUCCUGGUGAAGCCAACUGUUGUGCUGACGGCCGCUCACUGCCAGGGAGAAAGCAUCACUGUCGUCCUGGGAGCCCAUAACGUCAGCCAAUGGGAACCGAGCCAGCAAGUGAUCCCUGUGCAACGGCAGAUCCCCCACCCGCAGUACAACAGCAAGACCUUAAACAACGACAUCAUGAUACUGCAGCUGAGCGGGAAGGCGCGUCUGACGAGGGACGUGCGGCUGAUUCGUUUGACAUCCAGACGGCGUGGAGUGAAGCUCCCUACAAGGUGCAGUGUGGCUGGUUGGGGCCGGACCGGCUUGAUGGACAGAACUGACAUCCUUCGGGAAGUAAACCUCAAAGUGAUAAGUGAUGAGGUGUGCAGAGAGAAGUUCAGCAACUACGUCCCCUCCAGCAUGCUCUGUGCUGGGGACCCUGACGACCGCAAGUCGGCUUACAUGGGCGAUUCUGGAGGCCCACUUGUGUGCCGUGGAGUGGUCGAAGGCAUCGUCUCCUUUGGCGACAAGAACAGCAUUGUACCUCCGGCUGUGUACACACGGAUUUCUCACUUCCUGCCCUGGAUCAAAGCCACGUUGAGAGGAAUCUAGUAAGAGAAUCCUUGCUCAGCCAGCUACAGAC